AUGGGGAUGCAAGGCCCGCUCGUGGCCCAGGCCCUGGGCCGCUCGCCAUUUGACGAUGUAGUUCAAGGCGAAGGUGAAGAUGAUCCGCGGAUACCAAGUCAGCAAUACGACCAUGGUGGACGUCCAAUCAAUCCUGACACUAUGAGGAUCAACAGGGACAUCAUCCGGUCACACAACCAGGUCAUGUUUAUCAUUGGCAUAGCUGAACCUGAAAAUCCAGGCCCCGAAGUUGAUUCGCAGAGACGACAUGGCGCCUAUGAAGAAGCAAUUGGGCUGAAGCUGGCAUCCUCUGCUAAGCGCUGUGUGGAGGCAGUUGGGCUAUUUGGUGUCAAUGGCCUAAGAGAUCGGAUUCUGAUUUAUAAAAGAUAUUCCCGAAUUCCAUUUUGGGAACUAUAUCAGCAAGCGCGACAAGAUUUCUCAAUCUCCAGGGAUAUUCUUCCUGGUGCUCCCGCAAACUUGUUGUCAAAUUACAUCGAGUUCUCAGUCGCCCGUUUGUGGCUUGGUGAGCAAGAAAAACUGACUGCUCGGCGCUGUCAGUGGCUGCCCAGUCCCUCCUUUUUUAUCCCCUUUACUCAAGAAUCACCGAUUGUCGCCCCGCCGCCGCCCGAAAACUUUGGCGUCUCUGCAAUUCUGCAGUGGCUGGGCAGUGCUUUAAUAACCAACGCCCCAUUUCUUGUUUUUGUUAUGACUCAACGAAUGGUUCGUGAUUGGAAACCGCACAUAUGGGCCGAGACUUUCAAGCGUCUUCCCAGCACGGUCUUCCGUGGUAAGACGAUACCACAAGCUCCGCCAUCAAUGUCACAGUCUUUCAUGAACGAGGCUCCUAGUGAGAUUCACAGCAAUGAAGGAGGUUCGCCCGUUGCGCCCGUGGAUAGCCAAAUGCCAACCGACACGGGAAGCAUGGAAGUUGUUCGUCGACCCAGUAUAUUCUCGGCAAGAGGUGAUGAUUAUGGGAGCGAUGAGGAGGACAACGAUGUGAUAAGAGCGACCCUCAUCAGUUUUGACGUCGAAGCGACUGAGUCUACAGAUGCUCCCCAAGGGCUGUGGAGUGCAGAAUUGCGGCCAAGCGUUGCCAACACAGAUUCAAGAGCAUCUGUCAGUUCUCAGCCAACAUAUUUAGAUACACUGCUCACCCAGAUUCCGGCACUGUUGGCGUCGCAUAUGCUUGCCAACUCCAUAACACGGUUGUUGAUGACCCCAUAUGAUGCAGCUGCCCUGCGUCUAGUGGCACGAGCAUUUUGCUUGCGAAAUGGCCUACCCUGUGAAGACAUAUGCGAGACUAAUCUUCUCAGUGGCUGCUCUUGGACGUCACUUAUGAACUAUCUAGGGACAGAGUAUUUGCACCUCUUCCUCACCACCGAGGUUUGGGCGGUUUUCACUGGCCUUUCCCAGUGGUAUCAUUUCUCCGAGGAAGAGUGGACAGCUGAAGAAGCAAAGAACUAG